ACUGCAGGUUAAGUGAUAGUAGCAAUAACACUAGACUGGUGCAGGAAGCCCCCGUUAGCAGUCGCACUAUGAGCAUGAAGCUCUACUACUUAGCAUCAGUAAUAAUAACAGUAAAUACAGUAGUGUAGUGUAAUAGUCAUGGUAGAAGUAGUAGAAGAGCUUGAGCACAGAGCCUAUACAUGCAAUGACCUUGGCACUGAGCUUGUAUUGAUAGCAUUCACUAUACAUCUACUUAAACUAUCAUCAAGAGCAUCGGUAUAGCAGGAGUCGUAGAGGACAAGUUAGUAACGAGCAAUGGACGUAGUUACGCGCUGACGGACACUGUUAGUCUGACAGACUAAGUCUAGGAGCGAAAAUGUGUUAUUUGGUUGAAUAUGCAAUAAAUAUCGAUGUUAAUGAGCACGACUUAUCACACGAUCGACAGAUGGCGGCAGCGAAGAUGAGUAGUGUCGAUAAUGAUGAUGCAUCCAUCCCUACAACACUAGCGUCAUACCCCCAAUACAAAGAACAAAUGUCACAGUCUCUCCACCACCAACAAUGGGAAGCUUCAGGAUCGAGUCCGCCUAGUAGCAGCAGCAGAAAUAUUCUAUCGAGGACACAGCGUUAUGAGAGUGAUCAGUCUAUUAUACUAGUAUACCUAUCUCAUCAAAGGCUGCUAUCGAAUUGCAUUAUUGGAUGUUGUUCAUAUCAAAGAGGAGGUAGCUCACUAGAGAGGCUUUCCUCAUACUCAAGCAAAAAGUUAGUGAUAUCAUCAGCGAGUAUACCAGUUGGGCUAAGAUCCGGUAUAUCAUGUAGUUGAGGUGCACCGUUGCCAGGAUGAUGAUGAUGAUGUCCUUGAUGGAGAGAUUCAACAGGUAGCAGUAUCCCCCCGACAGAAGCUAAAGGGCCG